UCUAGUUAACUUAGUCUACUGUGCAUGUGUGUAAGCUGUGUGUCAGACUUAUUCAUGGAUGGCUCAGCCAUGCAGAGUUUAGCAUCCUUGAUUAAACGCACCUGACUCGGAUAAUCAAGUUCUUCAGACUCAAAUGAAAUUUUAAAGGUUUGUGUGAAGCACAGCCGUGGCUCUCUAAAAGCUGUUUGACGUUAGUGCUUGAUAAAUACUAUGGUGCGUUUGUUUAAAUAGGCUUGUAAUGAAGGGAGUAUAUUUCGUACAUGAUAGCGGAAGAGCCUUUUUAAUGCAGUCACGACUAGUUGAGACUUCCGGAGUUUUUGUGCUCCUCGAAAGUUAGAAAGCUAUGAUAAAGCUGUCAGAAGAGAAUUAUUACGAAAUACACGACAUCUAGCUCCAAAUUAGUGUUGGCACUACCGUGUCCAAAUUACCAGGCAUUUCCGGGUUAGGUCUUUUAUUUUGACACUGGACUCCAAUGAAUUCACGUGACAACGAGUUUCAGACUGAAACAUGGCUUUUCCUACAGAGGAACAAUUCACUUCUCUGCAGCUGCUUUUAAAGGUAUGCGAUAUAUUAUUAGUUACUUAUAAAUACGCAGUGUUUCAGUCUCCGUUAACUAAACUGAGCUGUAGUGUAUUGUGUCGUUAUUUGCUAUUCAUCCAGGCUCCGUCUAAAGAUGCCGUUCGGCAAAUCUGCACAGAGAGUUUCCCAGUCGGAGCCUCCAAGAAUCAGUCUACAGUAGAAAGAACUGCUAAUGCCCUCUCUGUGUCCAGCAGCGAAGCGAUGCAGUUGCUGACAGCUUUCCACAUGCUCUCGCACCAUGUUGUGUACCAGAGUUUAACAUCUCCAGAACAGAUCCAGUCAAUUUUCCCAGAAUCGUUCCACUCAAACCUGAAAAAUCUGAUCACCAAAAUUAUUUUGGAAAACAGCGUCGCUUGGAGAAAUGAAGCUUUGUCCAGUCAAAUUUCGCUGCCAAAGCUGGUGGAUUUGGAGUGGCGAGUGGACAUGAAAACGGCUUCAGACUCCUUGAGUCGUAUGGCUGUGCCAACCUGUCUGUUGCAAAUGAAACUCCAGGACACUCCUUGCAUUAGCGGCAGCCCAAGUGAGUCCACAGUUACAAUGGAGCUGAGUAAAGAGACACUGGACACCAUGAUAGACGGUUUGGGUCGCAUCAGGGACCAGCUGAGUGCAGUGGCAAGGAAGUAGAUCUGAAUAAAAGAUGUUUCCCUCACCACCGGCUGGACAUUCAGAGCGGAGGACAUUGGAAGGGUGUACAAAAUGAAAAACAAAACUGUAUACUAGGUUAAAUGAUUCAGUAUGUAAAAUGGAAUUUGCUCUUGAUUUAUGGUUUGUUUUUGGUUUAUUAAACGUUGUUAUAUAAAAAUGGUCCCUGUCUUACAUUUUUCCAUUGCACUACUACUUUUUAUGGUCUUGGAAAAUUUCACAGCAAUAAACAAAAUGCUAAUCAC